UUUUUUGAUAUCGAGAAACGCAAAGAGUGGGGGGCAUAGGUGCACCCGAUCAGCUGCUCGAGAGCUGCGUUUUUGCACACCCAUUCCUCAUUCCUUGUUCUCAUUCCUUCUCAUUCUUUGCCCUCAUUCCUGUUCGUUUCCCGAAUCCGCACUUACUUUAUUUUAAUACUUUAAUGAGCUUGCAUUGUUCUUUUUGUUCGAACUGUCUUCACCCCCUAAAAGAAUAUCUUCAAAAUGGAGUCCAGCUUUUGGAACCAAUUGAAGAAGACGAUUAUGGCAGCUCCCAAGGCGCCGCCCAGUAGCGCCCUGCAACUCUCACGGUUCAACAAGUGCUGGCUUACCGUACAGGUAAGGUGUUACAGCGACAAAUCUUGAAAAUCUUGAGAAGAUACCAGUGCUCAUAACUUCGGCGAUCUCAUGUUAUAGGCUGCUAUUUCGACGCCAGAGAAACGAAACGUCUCUAUUCAGCAGACCGAGAUUCCUCUCCGUCUGAAGAACAUGGUCGAUCUUCUUGUCGACGAGGAGUCAGGAUUAGAGGACACCGCAGGGACAACAGGCGUAUGCAUGGAGCAUCUUCUCAAGAACAACGUCCUGGCAAAGCUGGUGAACGUAUGUGCCGACGGAGAUCAACCGCACGGAAUUAUCGGGGAGACGAUCCGUACGAUGGCCGCGAUGAUCAACCUUUUGGACGAUCGAUUUCUAGUCCAUAAUGCGGUCCAUAUGCCGACAGUCAAGUUACUAAGGACCUGCUGCGCUCCCGGGGCCGAGCUGGAGGGUAAUGAGAGUUAUCAUGAGGACUUGAUCGAUCUGAUGUACAUUCUCUGCUCCAAGAUCCAUGGAUAUCCCGAACUGCUCAACAUCUUCUUCUGCGACAAACAGUGGCUCACAACGCCUGAGAGGGUGGCCGAAAGGCUACAGAAGAGUCGAGAGACGAUAGCGCUUUUGAAGAGUCUGAGCCAACAACCUAACUUGGCGCUAUCAUCAUUGGACUUCAAUCCGCCUUCCAUCGAUGCGACAUCCUCACUUACAGUAUUGCAAACAAGCGAGCAACCAACGUCGGCCGCCAAAACGGCAGUUACCGAGGUGGAGGAGCAGCAGACAAGUCUGUUCGCAGACACCAGCAAUACCCCAGCGUCCAAACUACAUGAGCCAACGGGGAACCAGACAUUAAAGAGGAGCCAUGAGUUCCUGCUCUUUACUUACUUAUCAAAGUUCGUGCAUCGUGAAGGAAAGGCCGGCGAUUUUGCUCGUACAGGUCUCCUAUUCCUGACAGAGCUCGCAACAGGGUCCCUCGGCGAAUACAUCUUGGAUUCCGAGUUCCCAACGUACUUGACCGCCGGUGUUGGUGCUCUCUAUUCUCAACUUCCACGGCAGCUCAUCGUCAAAGGCAGUCCCAACGACUUGAACAGUAGCAGUACAUUCUCCGCCGACAAUACUUCAUCAACAGAGACAGCGAUCAGGGCAUCAAGGCGGGCGAACAUUGAGCUGUCGACCUCGGCUGACUUUCAGUCGCGCCUAGACGCCUUCUUAAAGGUGCUCGAGUUUUGUCAGGAUGUACUCGUACGAUGUCCUAAUACCGAGAUUGCAGCGACGCUUUUGGCCUCGUUCAAGUCUGUGUUUCUGGAAAGCAUCCUAUAUCCUUCAAUCUUGGAGUGCUCCGACACGGACGGGAGCUCGGUUGCAGUGAUCAGCUAUAUUGACCAAAUACUACAGGUCAUCGAGCACGAGGCGCUUGUGGAUUUGGUGGUUGGAUUUCUGAUGGAAAGCGACGAGGAGGACAGCAGGUCAAAGGAAAGCGAAGACACGGAUGCAUUCGCAGAGGUUCAGAAUCCACAGACAACAUCACCUUAUUUUACAGCACUCGGUCGCUUUACACUUAAGGAUCUGAUAUUAUCACGGCUCAAGUCUCGGUCGCAGCCCACGGUCAUCGCCACACUAAAGCUCCUCAACACCAUCAUCACGCGACAUUGCAAGUACUCGCUCAAGUUGCUCAACGUUCAACCAGAAAACCGAGCCAACGCACUUCGAGAACAGGCGGCGAAUAGAUUUGCGCAGGACCCAUAUCGAGACAUACCCAUGAUUAACCAUCAUGCACACGAGCUGGAUCUGUUCUUUGCUCUCGUCGCUACAAUCAACCCGCGAAACACCCAGGAUGUUUUUGCCUGUGGCUACGACGCGUAUCUCCGGGAUGCUGAAGCCUCUGUUGAGACUCACCAGUGUUUGAAUAGAGCCAAGAACGACGACACCCAGCAAGCAGCCAAUGGUACUAUGUCUGAGGCAGAGCGCAAGAAGCAGCGACGACGGAGCAUGAAGUACGGCCACAGGAUGGACCUUUCUGGAGACAAGGCUGCUGAUGCUUUCGGCCAGAACCAAGAAAAGAACUCGGGCACUAAAGCGGUUUCGGAUCGCUGUGGUAAAGGCCCUGGCCAUACGAUGCAGAUGCAUCGUCUGCUGCCAUCCGACCCGUUAUUGCAAAGUCUCUUGGGAGCACUCUCGCACUUCUUCGCACACACGGUCGAGCUCAACUUGGCGUUAACGGGGGUGAUCACAUCGCUGGCAAUAUGUCCGUACCGUUCUCUCGAAGGCUGGCUGCUUUUUAGGACUAGCGAUGUCAAGAAGCCGGAUGUCGACCGCGACUCUGGAGACGAAUCCGAUAAUGAGUCUCCCAUCACAGGCUCCCACAUCUUUGCGCGCUUGGAUCCCACUUUCCAUUCAGCAGCCACCUACGAUUCGGAUGAUGAAGAUUCGCUACCUUUCUUUGCACAGGCUGGUUCAGGUGGUCCGUCUUUGCCAUUGGGCCCGCCGUCUUUCAAAUCGUUUCCGCCCUUCUUUACAAUGCUGAGGACGCUGACUCAACAGGUGGACUAUUAUCGGAGUGAGAUCGAUGGUUUUGACGAGUACCUUAUUGAGAGACGACGCGAACUUUUGCACCUAAGCGAUUCCAACACCAGCGCCGCUCAGCCAACAGUAUUUAUUGACAAAGUUCCGACCUCAAGCAACCCAUUUAAUCUAGGAGCCAUGUAUGCUUCGAGCGAAUCAUUCUUUACUGCACCUGGCAGUUUCGACGGAGGCCCUCGACCUUCGACUUCGACCACACCUGUUUCCUCGCCCAACCUACUAAGCGGUAGCUUUACAAGCUCACGUCCCCACGACAAUGGAGGAGAUUCCGGAGCAGGAUCUAGAGGCACGUCGUCAGCACUCCAAGACAGCAAUCCGAAAACAUCUAUUCAAGGAAACGUGGCAAACCCAGUGACGACGGUCAAGAUCAGUACUUCUCGGCCCCGAAAAAGCAGCUCGCCGUCCAGUCUGAUGUCCACGCCGUCCAACAUGCCCUUCUUGGUUGCAGCGGGUAUUGGUGGCAAACGCAACGUCAAGUCCAAUAGCGCAAGUCCUCUGGCGAGCGGUACCUCUACUCUUGGGCCACGUUAUCCGUCUGCGCCUCCGGGUCAUAAAGAUGGAUCCGACAAUCAAGAAGGAUCCUCUUCGGCGUCGACAGUGGCAUCGUCGGCGUAUCCCCUUUCGAGAACAGCUACCGCAUCACAUGAACCUGUCUCGCAGCAAUGGACACCUUGGACUACUGCUGAUAAUGCUGCGACGGCCUCACCUAAGCAACCAGUCAUCGUAAGAGGCAUGGCCACCGCCGUACGUGGAACCAGCAACAGUAGCAACAGCGUUCUCAGCAGCUCAGCGGACAACAGCAGUAUCAGCAGCUCUUCAAUGAGUAUCUAUGGACAAACUUUGUUCGGUACACAUGAAACAAGCCAGUUGGCAAAGGCCAUGAAUACUAUGACGAUCAAGCCACUCUUUGCGGACGGGUUCAUUGACGAUUCAGACUAUGAGGCCGAGGCGGACUCAGAGAUGAGGAUGAGCUUGAGUGAAGAUGAUAAUGAGAACGAGGACGAGGAGGAUGCUAGAGGCGGCGGCAAUAACAGCAGCAGCAGAGCAAGAGUCAGCAGCGCCCAAGUAGUCAUUAUGGACAUGCUCGCAAGGAGUCAUUUGCGACAGCCAUUGGAUCCAAAUCUUCGCAGAAGAAGGGGUCGUCGCAGCAGCAAAAGGAGAAGACGGUUACAUUGAGACAACUGCUGACGAAUGUUGUUAUAUUGGAAGAGGUUGUCAAAGAAGUGAUCGCGAUUGCGCAGGUACGCAAGGCCAUGGGAGUCGACAAGGUGCGAUUUCUGUGAGACUGACAGGAAAGCAUGCAUUUCGUAAUAGAGUAUUUGGGUUCUUUUUCGAGGAUGCAAAUAAAUGGAUUAG